AAACAGCCACACUGUGCGUGUUCCUGCCUUGUCAUUUAUCCGGGGUCACACACUCCGGACCCUCGGGCUGCAAUAAGUCUAUAUGGGAAGCACCCGUUAAGAAAAUCUAUUGAGAGGCAGUCACAAUACGCGCGGCUUUCACGACUCAGUGAGUCAGUGUAGUUACAGCUGCUCCACUGUCUGUCUCAGUUCCGCAGUGAGUGGCGCGUUGUGCUUUGGGUGAAAAAGUUGAAAUCGCAGGUGCUCUCAGUCACAGUCGUGCUCGCAUUGUGCAGACGCCACCUUAAGCGCCUUGGAUAUUUUGAAACGAUAUAAAUGACUUGCAUGUUCGCCCGGGAACCACAGCAACCUGAAGCAAAGGAGGGAUUGUAGCUGUGCCCGCAGUGUCGAAGUCAAAAUGGUUCUUUUAGGCUGAGCAGUUGGCUGAGGUUCUGUGGAGGCCUCACCGUGCGUCGGCUUCCUCCCAGGCUUUCCAUCUCCCGGCGACCCCAGGGCCAGGAUCGCUCUCCAAACACCAGCUGGCAGAAUGGCCGUCUCACUGGUCCUCCUCCUCUUCUUAACCUCUCUGACGCAGCCCGCAUGGUCCGAAAUCUCCAACAACUGCGUGAUCAAGCGCGAGCAGGAGAGAUGCAUGGAGAGAAUCGCGCUGCACGACCCCACACAGGACUACGAGUUCGGCUGCGCUUGGGAAUGGGAUAACCUGACGUGUUGGCAGGCUGCCAGCGUGGGAACGAUAGUGGUGGUCAGCUGCCCCAAGCUCUUCGAGUUCAUGGCUCCUGAGGAGAGCCUUGGCAGGAUCAGCAGGAACUGCACAGAGAAUGGCUGGUCUGAACCGUACCCGCAUUACGUGGACGCAUGUCUGUCUGAUGAGAACGCCACCACUCCAGAUAUGUACUAUGCGUCGGUGAAGGCCCUGUACACAGUGGGCUACAGCACCUCUCUGGUGUCCCUCACCACAGCCAUGGUCAUUCUUUGCAGGUUCAGGAAGCUGCACUGUACCCGGAACUUCAUCCACAUGAACCUGUUUGUGUCGUUCAUCCUGCGAGCCAUCUCCGUCUUCAUUAAGGACGGCGUGCUGUAUGCUGAGGAGGACAGCGACCACUGCUUUGUCCACACCGUGGCUUGUAAAGCUGUGAUGGUGUUCUUUCACUACUGCGUCAUGUCAAACUACUUCUGGCUCUUCAUUGAGGGCCUGUACCUCUUCACUCUGCUAGUGGAAACCUUCUUCCCAGAGAGGAGAUACUUCUACUGGUACACCAUCAUCGGCUGGGGAACCCCAACCAUUUGUGUGACUAUAUGGGCUGUUCUGCGGCUGAAUUUUGAUGACUCCGGCUGCUGGGAUAUGAAUGACAACACUGCCCUCUGGUGGGUCAUCAAAGGACCUGUCGUUGCUUCUAUUAUGAUUAACUUUGUACUCUUCAUCGGGAUCAUCAUCAUCCUUGUCCAGAAGUUGCAGUCUCCAGAUGUCGGAGGGAACGAGUCCAGCAUUUACCUCAGCUGUGCACAGAAAUGCUUCAGUGAGCCCACACAAGCUGCCCAGCAUUCGUGCAGGAUGUCAGAACUUUCAACCAUCACCCUGAGGUUGGCCCGCUCUACUCUGCUGCUUAUUCCCCUAUUUGGGAUCCACUACACUGUGUUCGCCUUCUCGCCCGAAGACGUCAGCAAGAGGGAGAGGCUGGUGUUCGAGCUUGGCCUUGGCUCGUUCCAGGGAUUUGUGGUGGCUGUACUGUAUUGUUUCUUGAACGGAGAGUUUCUGCCUGAAGGUGCAGUCGGAGAUCAAGAGGAAAUGGCGCAGCUGGACGGUGAACAGGUACUUUGCUGUGGACCUGAAGCAGCAGCGCCACCCUUCGCUAGCGAGCAGUGGUGCGAACGGAGGCACGCAACUCUCCAUCCUGAGCAAGAGCAGCUCGCAGAUCCGAAUGACCAGCCCCCAGGCCGAGAGUGCCAACCUCAGCCUACCCACCUGAACGCCUGAUUGGUCCUGGCCGAUGCAGCUCCUCCCCCUUCACGCACCGACCCCUGAAGACCACACCGCCCGUUGAACCAGCGCCAGUUGGGAAAGAGUUGGCCUCUAAAGUGGCUCCUUCAUUAUCUAGCUCUAUCAAGUUAAGAAAGAAAUCACUAAUUAUGAUGCUUAAAAUAAGAAUGUUUUAUAGAUGAUGAUGAUGAUGAUGAUUAUUAUUAUUAUUAUUAUUAUUGGUCAAAUGCUAUGUGUAAUUAAAAAGUCUCGACUUUUUGAGGUAUUAUUUUUAUCAAGGAGAGAUAUGUGGAGUCAAAACAGUUUAUGUGCACAAGCUUUAAAACAACACCAGUGCCAUUCAGUUUUAGAAAACCUCCACCCUACUGCACUUAGAAAAUGUUAUUUGAAGGCAGUGAACUCUGUUGUAUUUAGUGAGUAAUAUUUUCAGCCUUUUCAUUCGCAGUAAUAGCCAAUCAGAGUGGAUGGGCAGAGCACAUCAGACUACCCUUAAUCUAGUUUAAUGUGACUUGAAACUAAGGUGCAUUUUUGGAGAACCACUGAGAACCACUUCUGCACCUGGGGGCUACACUGGAGGCUACAUUAGCAGUCUCAUGAUACGAUAGCUUUUAUUUGUGGAACACUACAGUGAGUUUAGAUAUAAGAAAGUAUACAUUUUUCAAUACAAAUCCCUCUAAAAAUGUCUUUUUUUUCCUCGGUCAGCUUGAAAUAUCAACAUCUACAUGUGAACAUGUGAAAAUAUAUAAAUGACAAGGUUCUACAAAGAGGAAGGUUUACACAGAGACAGAAUAUCUAUAUAAUAUUUAGUGUUUCUGCCAUUGUUCAACUGUAAGUGCCAAAAUAUGAUUAUUUUAAAUUUGUCCAAUCUUCAGUGCUUAUUAAAGUGACAUAUAAAGGAAAUCAUAUAUAUUUAGCAUCGCUUGUAUAAAUGCCUAAGUAAUUAAAUAUCCAUCUCUAUAUAGAGGUUGUAAGAUGUAUUUUUUUACAAUCAGCCGCAAGUACAGAGUAUGUCAAGACUCGUGAAUUAGUAACUAAAUACACAUACAUUUAAUUUUUGUUUAAAUGUAAUCAUAUAUUUUGUUGGUAUGUUUUUUUUAAGGUCAGUAAUGGGAGUGUGAUUCUGUAGUAAUGGAAAUGCUAGAAAAAUUCCAUUUAAACUUAUCCAUUUAAUAUAUACAUUUAAACUUAGCUAAGGGUGAAGCUGAAAAAUUUCAAAACAAAGUUGAGAGGCAUAUUGUCACUAAUGGUUUUCAAACAACAAUUAUAUCAAAGAAAAAUUCUGUUACAUUACAAAAUGCAUCUUGUCUUGUGCUUCAUACGAAGUUCUAUGAGUUCUUUUAGGUAAACACUGAAUAACAUAUUAUGAAGGAGGCCCUAAAACAUUAUCUUUCAUGUUUUUACCAACUCAUUAAAGUGCCUGUUGGUAAAAUAAAUAAAUAAUGUAUAUCAUAGUACAUAAAAUUGCAUCAGACUAAUUUUUAACUUUGACAAAAAAUUGUAUGUAACAGAUGUACUACUGAUGUCUUUAGGUUAAAAUAUCUUCAGAUAUUAAUAUUCUGUUGUAUUAAUAAUUACUUUAGAUGCCUCUAAGGCACGAUGUACUGUGACCACUUUCAAUUGCAAAUGAAUUUUAGGGCUAAAAUGUCAAAUGUCUCAUCUGAAAGAAAGAUACGAGUGAGAGAAUUAAUUCUCAAACCCUUUACAAAAUAAGAUUUGAUGUCAACCCAUUCACUUAACCAAAACUCUACUGACAAUCAUAUUUGUCUUUUCUUUCUUUUUUGUGUAUUUAUUUAAAUUAAUUGAUUUAGACAUGUAUUUUUCAUGGGAGAUGUAAACAUACAAUGUUUGCUAAAGGAACGAUGAUUCAUCUUUAAUGUAUUUUGUGUGUAUUUAAGUCUUUCUUUUGUUCUUUCAGUAAUGAGGUUGCAACCUCUGAUGUCAAAACAAAAAGAUGUAGAUGUAGAACAUUAGCAUAGCAGUACUGCUCAUUGGUAUGUGAAUUUGAACUUUGUUUAAUGUCAUGUGCAGUAUGUAUGUGCUUUUACCACAGGUGCUAGUGGAUCAUUCAGGUUUAGGCUGAGGUGGCUGCUGAUCUUUUGUGGCAAAGUGUUUGAUGCGUUUCAGUGAUUGUUCUGUAUGUGCUUCAUGUAACUUCUCAUUUGUUCUAAUCUGUGCAAAUAUCCAUGUCAGUUGACCAGGUGCAUACAGUGGCAGAUGUGUAUAAUAUUUCUCCACCCACAGCAAAUUACUGCUUUGUUUGGUCUCAUAAUGGAGAGAAAUUCUUCAAAACCAUAAUUGACAAUGAUGUGAUUUUAAAUUCGUAGUUCAGCAUAACUCUCCAACAAUAUGGUGUAUGGGAUUUAGGACACCAUGUUACAAAUCAGCAUAUCUGUGUUGGAGAACUGUACAACUAGUUGUUGUUGUUGAGCAAUUGUACAACUGUAGUGUUCAGUAUUGCCUUCCAUUGGAGGUUCCAUUGGAGCAGAACUUAAAGUAUGUUACUUGCAACACAUAAGGAGUAUAUACAGGGAGCAGAGCAGGUCAGAUGUAAGUCACUGAAUUCCUGUUUACCAAAAUGACCUUCAGAACUUUUUGUGUAGUGAGAAAUGUAUUCGCGAGAGAGGAGACUGCCUCCUGAGAUUGACUAAAGACAUUAUUCGCCUGCAUGAAGAAAAAAAAAACUUCUGCUUUCUAUGUUCUUGACACCAGCUGUCUUUCUGAGUGAGCACUCUCAGAAGGUAUCGACCAUGUCUCAAAGCUGUUAUAAACCAGUGCCAGCUGUUGAAUAGUGUGUGUGAUGCAUAUGCCUGCCACUAGGUGGUGUUGUGUUUUUCUCUAUCAUUGUGCUGGCCAUGUAGAGGCAGAAGUAUUGUGGGAGCAUUUGGCUGGCAAGAAUGAACUCUAAGCGGACUCUGUCUCUACACAGGCUUAAAUUGAUUCAUUGUAGAACUGACUAGUGGACUAGUUGUACUGUGGACUCUUUGAACCCUGAAUGUAUUACAUGAAAAAGUAUCAUACUAAGCUUUGUGGAUCAUUGCCUGUCCUUUUUUCAUUACUGUUUUAGCCUAAUGUCCAGACAAAGUCCUUGUUGAACUUUUUUUUUUCUACGUUCCAUGGUUGAUAAAACAACUCUGGUAUUUCUAGUGUUUGUGCCAACUUUUUGUAUUUAUAUGUGAAUUUCUACCGUCUGUUAUGGAGUAUUGAAAUGUUGGAGUACUGAGUGAGUGAAUGAAAGAGAGAGAGAGAGAGAGAGAGAGAGAGAUGAAUUCUAUAAGGAGGAAAAGAUGGGCUCCUGAAAAAGGUCUGCUGUUCAUGAAUUUGGGCAAAAGUAACACAUUAAACGUCAAUUCAACGUACAUUCAGAGCAGGGACACUGACAGUCUAUCAUUCUUUGAGAAUAUAUAUUUAUUUCUUUGUAAAAGUGCCAAAAUAUUCAAUAAAUAGGUGAAUUAAUGAUG